AUGCAGCUAAGUUCCAUCAUAAUGGGAGCUGAUUUGUGCGUGUGUAAAUUGCUGGAAAUGAUAGAAUCUGAGAUAGAAAUGAUAGAAUCUGAGAAACUUCUGGUCCUCACUGUUGCUACUCAAAAGACAGAUGGCUUCCUUCGCUUCAUGCAGUCUGCAGACUACUUCAACUAUAAUGUGAAGGUACUGGGGAUGGGGGAGGAGUGGAAAGGAGGGGAUGUGGGCAAGUCCAUUGGCGGAGGUCAGAAGGUUCGACUACUGAAGGAGGCUAUGAAAUCUCUGGCUGAUAGAGAGGACUUGGUUGUCUUGUUCGUGGACAGUUAUGAUCUCAUCUUUGCUGGUGGACCUGAGGAGAUUCUGAGGAAGUUCCAACAGGCCAAUCAUAAGGUGGUGUUUGCUGCAGAGGGUUUGAUCUGGCCAGACAAACGUUUGGCAGAGAAGUAUCCCUCCGUCCGCAGUGGGAAACGUUUCCUCAAUUCUGGAGGCUUUAUCGGCUAUUCCCCUUAUGUGAACAAGGUUGUGAAGCAGUGGGACCUGCAUGAUAAUGAUGAUGACCAGCUUUUCUACACUAAGAUUUACCUGGAUCCACUGCAGAGGGAGAGCCUUAAUAUGACUCUUGACCACAAGUGUCAGAUAUUCCAGAAUUUGAAUGGAGCAAUUGAUGAGGUUCUGCUGAAGUUCGGAACAGAUCGAGUACGGGUCAGGAACACGGUGUACGACAGCCUGCCUGUGGUGAUCCAUGGCAAUGUGAACACAAAAAUAUAUUUGAACUACUUGGCCAAUUACAUACCCAAUGCCUGGAACUAUGAGCGUGGUUGUGGUGUGUGCGACAAGGACAUGUUGGAUUUGUCUCAGGUUGAAGAAUAUCCCAGAGUGACAGUUGGUGUAUAUAUUGAGCAGCCAACUCCAUUCUUGCCGGAGUUCUUCCAGCGCCUCCUGUCUCUGGAUUAUCCCAAAGAUAAACUUGACAUCUUCAUUCAUAACAAUGAAGUUUAUCAUGAAACGCACAUCCAGAGGUUCUGGGAAGAAAACAAGAAUGUAUUCCAUAGUUUUAAGGUCGUUGGGCCAGAGGAGAACCUCAGUCAAGGGGAGGCGAGGAACAUGGGAAUGGAUUUGUGUCGCCAGGACCCCACGUGUGACUACUACUUCAGCAUUGAUGCAGAUGUGAUGUUAACCAACAGACAAACACUGAAGCUGCUCAUUGAGCAGAACAGAAAAUUAAUUGGUCCCCUUGUCACUCGUCAUGGCAAACUGUGGUCUAACUUCUGGGGAGCCCUGAGCCUGGACGGUUACUAUGCUAGAUCUGAGGAUUACAUUGACAUUGUGCAGGGAAAGAGGGUUGGUGUCUGGAACAUUCCAUUCAUGGCACAUGUGUACCUUAUAAAGGGUGAGACUUUGAGGACUGAACUGAAGGAGCGAAAUUACUUUGUCUUGGAGAAACUGGACCCAGACAUGGCUCUGUGCAAAAAUAUCAGAGAACUGACAGUACAGAGAGAGAAAGACUCUCCCUCCCCGGAGUCAUUCCAUAUGCUCAGGCCCCCAAAGGGAAUUUUCAUGUACAUUACAAACCGUCAUGAAUUUGGAAGACUGAUUUCCACAGCUAACUAUAACACAUCUCAUUAUAACAAUGAUUUAUGGCAAAUUUUUGAGAACCCUGUGGACUGGAAAGAGAAGUACAUCCACCCCAACUACACCAGAAUCUUCACUGAAAAUUUUGUGGAGCAGCCUUGUCCAGAUGUCUUCUGGUUCCCAGUGCUAUCUGAAAAGGCCUGUGACGAGCUGGUGGAAGAGAUGGAGAACUAUGGCACGUGGUCAGGCGGCAAACACGAAGACAAACGGAUCAGUGGAGGCUAUGAGAGCGUGCCAACAGAUGACAUUCAUAUGAGACAGAUUGGCUACGACAAGGAGUGGUUGCACUUCAUCCGCGAGUUCAUCUCCCCUGUGACUCUUAAGGUCUUCUCUGGGUACUACACUAAGGGUUAUGCUAUCAUGAACUUUGUGGUGAAAUACACUCCUGGCAGACAAGCCUAUCUGAGGCCUCACCACGACUCCUCAACGUUCACAAUCAACAUUGCUCUCAAUCAGAAGGGAGUAGACUUCCAGGGAGGUGGCUGUCGUUUCCAUAGGUAUAACUGCUCCAUUGAGUCUCCCAGAAAGGGCUGGAGUUUCAUGCAUCCAGGGCGACUGACUCACCUUCAUGAAGGACUGCCCGUCACUGGUGGCACACGUUACAUUGCUGUGUCUUUCAUAGAUCCUUAA